AUGGCUGCCGACACGGCGGCCGUACGCCUCCUCGUCGUCGCCGUCGUGGCGCUCUUCUGCCUCGGCGAGGCCUCGGUGCACGAGUACAGCGGCCUCGGCUUCCUCAACAAGGGCAAUGCUUUCAUCCUCCACGCCGGCAGCGAGGGCCUCUACGCCCCCGUCUCCCCCGCCAAUGCCAUCGCCGAGGACGAAAACGACGACUCCGCCGCGGUGCCCGACGCAUUCAUCAGGCUUGACAAGAUCACAUUUAAAAGACCAGAGGAGGCUGUCGAUUCUGUGAAGGAGGCUAGCUCAGCGAAGGUUCAGAUACUUGUCUUUGAAAUAGAAGACCGUGAAAUGAUCGGUGGAUCAGCAUAUGGAGGUCAGAAAGCAAUUUGUUGUACAUCAGAUCUUGCAAAGUUAGGAGCUUGUGCUGAAGGCUCCGUCAUCUACCGCCCAUCAAAGCUGAAUCCUGGCUGGCCACAGUUGCUUGUUGCUUCUUUUGACGGAAGUGAUCUGAUUGCAACACUACCAUCAAGGACCAUUCCUGUGAGAAAAACUGGGAUGUACAAUAUGUACUUCAUACACUGUGACCCGUCACUUGCUGGGCUGGAGAUCGAGGGGAAAACUAUCUGGAAAAAUCCUACUGGGUACCUUCCGGGUCGGAUGGCACCUCUGAAGAACUUUUUUGGACUGAUGUCUUUUGCUUUCGUGAUACUUGGUAUCUAUUGGUUCUAUCAGUACAUGAAGUUCUGGCGAGAGGUUCUUCCACUUCAGAACUGUAUUACUCUUGUUAUUACACUAGGCAUGCUUGAGAUGGCAUUGUGGUAUUUCGAAUAUGCUGAGUUCAAUGAUACUGGAGUUCGGGCUAAGGCCAUCACAUUCUGGGCUGUAACUUUUGGGACUGUCAAAAGAACAGUUGCUCGUCUUAUUAUUCUCAUUGUCUCAAUGGGGUAUGGAGUUGUGAGGCCUACUUUGGGUGGUCUGACAUCAAAAGUUGUCAUGCUAGGAGGAACAUUCUUUGUAGCUACAGAAAUUCUUGAGCUGGUAGAAAAUCUCGGUACUGUGAAUGAUUUAUCUGGAAAAGCUCGACUGUUCUUGGUCUAUCCUGUGGCUAUCUUGGAUGCUUCUUUCAUUGUUUGGAUAUUUAUUUCUCUAGCAAAGACCCUUAGCCAACUUCAGGCAAGAAGGUUGAUGGCCAAACUUGAUAUUUACAGGAAAUUCACAAUUGCAUUGGGUAUAACUGUUCUAGUGUCUAUUGCCUGGAUUGGCUACGAGAUUUACUUCAAAUCAACAGAUGUGUUCAAUGAGCGGUGGCAGUAUGCAUGGAUAAUUCCUGCUUUCUGGCAUGCCCUAUCAUUCUCACUUCUUUGCGUCAUUUCCUACUUGUGGGCACCUUCUCAGAGCUCAAUGAGAUUUACCAACGAUGCAAGUGAAAAGUUCGACCGAGAGGACAGCCUAUCACUGAUAAGGCCAAGGCCCAUUGUUUCCAAGAACGGAUGGAGCGUAGCAUCCACACCAGAUGCCAAAGCAACCAAGGACAUGAAUACCGUGACGACGUCUUUCGAUGAAGACGAUGAAGAAAACAAAAGGGAGUAAUGCAUCUGAUGUGUGAGAGAACAUUUCCCUAUGUCAGAUCAUUUGAAGUGGAUGUUAGAAGAGUCAGUUUUGAUAUUUAGCAGAGGUUCUGCCGAGCUAAUUUUAGCUAUUGGGAUACGUCCUUGGAGGUUUCUUCCUUGUUGAAUUUAUUACCUCCAUUGUUUCUCACAGAGUAGAUCACUGUAUGGAUGAUACUAUAUGAUAGGAACGGUUAAUCUGUGGUGUUAUAUGAGGGAUAUGGUGUAUAAUAUCCUCUUCUGUAGAUUUUACAUUGCUUCUAGUUUAUGUGAACACGAAGAUUGGCAGUAGAGGUGCAAUUAUUUGUUGCUACCAAUUUGUUGGAAUUUCCCUUUUAGUU